AUAAAAAACAGCUGGGAGAGGAAGAAUUGUUAUUCCUCCUAUGCAUGUUCUCCAUGUUGUUCAGUGUUGAUUGUGAUUGUAGCCGGCCACUUCUUGUGGUAGAUUUGAGCUAAGCAAAGAGUAAAUAAUCAAUAUAAGAUAUGGGUAAUCAACUGGUAGGCAUUGCUCCUUCACAGAUCUUUCCUGUGGAGCACUACCUCACAGAAUUAACAGACUAUAAAUAUGAUAUCAGUUUGGGAAGUACAAGAUUCUUAAAAGUUGCCAGAGCCGAAUCACAAGAAGGUUUGACAGUGGUUAAGGUAUUUGCAAUACAUGACCCUAGUCUACCUUUAGCUCCAUAUCAAAGUCAGCUGGAGAGAAUUCGGAAAAAAUUGGCUUCUUCACUCAACUGCCUGCCUUUUCAGAAAAUUAUUGAAACUGAUAAGGCUGGGUUAAUAAUUAGAGAAUUUGUUAAACAUAGUUUAUAUGAUAGAAUUAGCACAAGACCAUUCUUGACAAAUAUUGAGAAACGUUGGAUCACUUUUCAAGUGCUGUAUGCAUUGCAUCAGUGCCAUAAUGUUGGUGUAUGUCAUGGAGAUAUUAAGUUGGAGAACAUCACUGUGACAUCAUGGAAUUGGGUAUUGCUUGUAGACUUUGCAUCAUUCAAGCCCACUUUCCUUCCAGAGGAUAAUCCUGCUGAUUAUUCAUACUUUUUUGACACAUCUAGAAGAAGAAUUUGCUAUAUAGCACCAGAAAGGUUUAUCAAGACCUUAACACUAGAUAGCAAUGCGUUAUUUAAUGAGAGUCUCUGUGAUUCGGGAGAGCUCAAACCACCUAUGGACAUAUUUUCUGCUGGUUGUGCGCUUUUGGAGCUGUGGAACGAAGGACAUGCGCCUUUUGAGUUAUCUCAAUUAUUAGCGUACAAAACUGGUGAAUAUUCACCACAAAAGCACUUGGAUCGUUUAGAAGAUCCAGAUUUGAGAAAUCUCAUUGCUAGUAUGAUACAACGCGACCCGAAUCAGCGUUUAUCCGCUGAACUGUAUUUGGCUCAAGAGCGCGGUCGGCUGUUCCCGGAAUAUUUUUACACAUUCCUCCAGAGUUACAUGCUUAUAUUUUCUACUCGACUAAUCCUAUCGCCCGACGAGAAAAUUGCUAGGCUCAAAAACGAUAUAGGGAAUAUGUUUAAAUUUCUUAAGGCCGAUGAAGAUACCAAUGGCAAGGAUAACGAUGGACUUGUAAUAAUCGUCUCUUUGGUUACAUCUUGCAUAAGAGGCUUGCACGAUUGCACGACCAAGUUGCAGAGUUUGGAGAUUAUGCAAGAACUGGCUACACAUACCAAUGACGAGACAAUUUUGGAUAGGAUAAUUCCAUUCAUAAUGUUUUUGAUGCUGGAUGUGAACUCUCGCGUUAAAGUCGCCGCAAUAAAUACAGUAACGAAUUGCUUGAAAAUGGUUAAAAAAGUUCCACGAUCAGAUGCAAAUGUAUUUCCGGAAUACGUGCUGCCCGGUUUGGCUCCAUUAGCAAGUGAUCGUUGCUCUUACGUGCGAGCGGCGUACGCCAAAAACAUAGCAAAUCUUGCGGAGACUGCUGUUCUGUAUUUGGAGCAGACGCAAGCGGAUUGCGGCGACAAAGGCACAGCAAAUAAUUCUUUCAAUUAUGAUGUGGAAUUGCAGACGCUUCACGAGAUGUUGCAGAAGACUGUAUGUUUGCUUUUAGCAGACCCAGAGGCACAUGUCAAGCAAAUCCUGAUGGACAGUGGAAUUACCAAGCUGUGUGUUUUCUUUGGAAGGCAAAAAGCCAAUGAUAUUAUUUUGUCGCAUAUGAUCACAUUUCUGAACGACAAACAGGACAAGGAGCUGCGCGGUACUUUUUAUGAUUGCAUAGUGGGCGUUGCAGCUUUCAUAGGGUGGCAAUGUUCUUCAAUCAUAACGCCUCUUUUACUGCAGGGUUUAACAGACAGCUGCGAAUUUGUGAUUGCAAAGGCUAUAACAGCUAUGGUUUCGUUAGCAGAAUUGGGUUUGUUGAGGAAGCCGAUGAUGAUUGACGUGGUAUGCGAAUGCGCCUGCUUUUUGGUGCACCCAAAUUUAUGGAUACGGCAAGCUUUAACUGGCUUCAUCUGUGUGGCUGCCAAAGAGCUCUACAUGUUGGAUGUUUCUUGUUAUAUAAUUCCGACAAUUAAACUGUACAUGGAAUAUUCCAUUUUUCAAAUACACAGACAGGAAUUGCUUCUGGAUUCGCUGGUACCUCCUAUUCCGAGGAACGUGUACGACAACGUCGUAAAAUAUAAUGAUAUUGAAGCUCUAAUGGAAACGUUGACAAUGAGACAGAAAUCAAGGAAUUUGAUGGUUACCGGAUUCGUGGCAAGCGGCGACAUUAGUACUUCCAUUAAAAACCUGAUACGUCGUUUGGAAGCGAACGGUAUGACAACGGUGAUUGAAGAGAAACUGCUGAUGAUGAGUUCGCACCUAGAAAAGAUCAGCAAGCACCGGCUGUUGUCCGAUAACAACAACAGUGAACGAAUUGCGAUACAGGCGGAUGGCAAGAUUGAAAUCAAAUCGUUGUCGAGCAACGCACGUAGUCACGUGGUUAAUUUGAACGAUGUUCGGAGCAAGUGCGAUUUUGCUUCUGUCCAAAGUGGAAGCGAUCACAUUUCUAGGAGACAAUCGGAGAGUACAAAUUCGGGAGGGCCACCUUCCAGAUCGAGUAGGCCGCCUUCGCCGCUACCAGAGGCCAUUCGCUUCGGCAGCGAUUCCGUCCCGACAAUGAGUUUACACGAGAAAUCGUAUAUUCAAUAUCGCACUUCCAGUUGCGCUAUUGAAUUGCAAAAUCUGGUGAGGAGGCAGCAGGAUAGGUACUUCGAAGCUAUGCGCGGUAGAGAUUGGGCAGAGCAAGCAGUUUGCAAACCAGAGUUACCGCCCCCCGGUUGGCAGUUGAAAGGAUCUUUGGUGGCGCAUUUGCACGAGCAUCGUGGACCGGUGACGAAGCUGUGUCCAAUCCCGGAGACUCCUUUCUUUGCGAGCAGCUCGAUCGAUGGUACCGUUAGACUUUGGGAUUGUUCUAAGAUGGAAGGGAAGAAUAUUGCAAAUAGGUCGAAGGAAUAUUACAAGAUGCCUAAUAACUCGCCCAUUGAAAGCAUGGCGGUAUGCGAUAACGGACAGUCUUUGGCUGCGGCUACUCGCGAUGGCAACAUUAAUAUUCUAAGGGUUGAUGGAAGUAAAUUAUCUUUGUUGUCCAAUAGGACUCUGGAUGCUGCGGAAGAGAAGAGUGUCGUCGAUAUACAAUAUUUAGAUUCACAAAAUGUUCUUGUCUACGCUACUCUUUAUGGAUCUUUGGUUGCAUGGGAUUUAAGGGCACCGGGGAAUGCUUGGCGCUUGGAGAAUGGCCUUAAGAAAGGUUUGAUUUGUAGCUUCUGCUUGGAUUCCCAUAAAAGCUGGCUGACGUUGGGCACCGCGUCCGGCUACCACAUAUGUUGGGACUUGAGGUUUCAAUUGCCGAUCACAACCAUCAAACACCCAAGCUCCGCAAGGAUACGGAAGGUCGUUACACAUCCAACGGAGCCGUCCUGGAUUAUUUCAAGCGUUCAAGGAAACAACGAAAUCUCAAUGUGGAACCUCGAAACAGGCGCCAGGGAGCGUGUACUUUGGGGCAGCAGCACUCCGCCACUCUCCAAAUCACACCUGAGUAGUCAAAGUAAUCAAGCGGUGUGCGCAAUGUAUACCGGAUGCAUCGACAGGUCGGGUUUCCUUUUGGCCGGUGGUUCGGAUCAAAGAUUAAGGUUUUGGGAUCUCCAGAUUCCAUCGCAAUCUUAUAUCGCGAUUCCUUCACCGAACGAUUUUUUGGGACCUUCGAGAGUCUAUCAAAGUCGACAAGUGGACGGCACCAAUGUGGUCGUCGAAGCGUGCGAAGACCCACCCCCAUACGGCCAACCAUCCAUCAAUCUUAAACCCGACGAGAUCCCAAGGGCGGGACCUGAGCCUCCACCAACUGGACAUAGAGACAGCAUAACGGACAUAGCACUUUGCAAGACUAAGCAAUGCUUUAUGUUGACUUCAUCAAGAGAUGGUGUCAUCAAAAUUUGGAAGUGAUAUAUUUUAGUUGUACGUUUAAACUAUUUGUUAUAACUUAAUUAUAAAACAAAAUAAUAAUAAUAUUUCUCUAUAAUCAUUGUAUUUGUUACCAUUGACUUACAUUUCAAAUAUUAAAGUUUACUACAC